UUGGCCAAUCCCUUCACUUUUUGGAGAUUGUGAUUCUGUCAAAAAUUGCUUCAUGUUAGUGCUGCUGCAUUGAUCAAGUUAGUUUUCAUAUGGUAAACAUUUACGUAUUGGAGAGACUGGUUAGUGGUACGGAUGAGCACAUGUGACGUAUGUGGUCUGAAGUGAACUGUAUCCACUCAAAGUUGAGAUCCCGCCUCAGUUGUACUCUUUUGAGGGAUGAUCUAUCAGUCUUAUGAGGAGAAAAAACACGUGAUUUGAGAUUUUUUUUUGGAAAUAGCCUUCUAACUACUGUAGGUAGUAAAGAAUUGGAAGAUCAAGUUUUCUGUAAAAUAAACUUGUAAAAUAACUACUGUGGCAUAAUCUUUUCAAAAGUUUGCUUUCUUUUGUUAGAAAAAAUGGCUUUUUAGUGCUAACGAGCCUUCAAGAAAGCAAACUUUUGAAAAGAUUAUGCCACAAGGAUAGUGACUUGUUGAGUCUAUUUGCAUUUGAAUUAGUUACUAUAAUGAAUCGUUAAUUGUCUGUCAUAUCAGUAGUUCUCUUUCUAAUUUUUUUGUAAAAGCAUCGUUUGGGAUCUUGUAAUCUAUGUUUUUAAGAGCUUUUUAUGCUCCGUUGAAGUGUUGAAACCUGGAAAGCCAAAGAGUUUUAACUUUAUACAAAGAAGAAGUUGGUCUGUACAUAGUAACAAUCUUUUCCACACGUUAAUAAAAGACAUAUGGUAAAUAUGUACGUAAUUUAGGUAGUUUUGUUUUUGUUUACAUGAUUUUUCUAGUUAGUGUUAAAAUAAAUUGUGAAGUUUCUUGUUAAACUGGAAAACUGAAGGGGUUGUUUAUGUUCGUGUCUUAAUGCAGAGAAUUCAGCGAGUCAUACAACAUGGGAUGAAACUAGAAAGAAAUACUUCAAACUUAAAUUUCUUUUGUGAACAAAGACAACUGUUUCUUACAUUAUUUUUUGUGUUUAAGCUGUGCAGUUUAUUGUUUGUUCUAUUGACUUUUGCUAUGAUAAAAGAGCAUAGUAUCACAGGUUUUGAGUGCCAGCUCAUUUAUAUCAACUCAAACACUAUGGCAUAAUGCUAAAACAAGCAUAUACCAAUUAGAUGAAGGGAAAGGUAUUUAUGAAAAAUCAAAUACAAGAUGAAUCUUGUAAUACUUCUAACUUAAAACUCAAUCUUUAAUCUUCAUGUUUAAAUAUGGGUAUAUCACAUGUGUGUAUGCACACCUGGAGCUCAAAGAAAUUAAUCCUUUUAGGGGAUGCAAAGCCUUGGGAAGUUGGUGACGCCGAUUGUGAAGGAUAAGGCAAAUGAGAUAGCGGAGAUAUGGAAGAGGAGCUUGGAUGAAAGAGGAGGGGUUGAGAAUGUGAAGGAGCCAUAUGUGCAUACUUUCUUGCAACAUUUGGUAACUUUUGGGAUAGUGAAGGACGAGGAUUUUGAUUUGUACAGGAAACUUGUUGUUGGGUCUGCUUGGAGGAAACAGAUGCCUAAAUUGGCUGUCUCUCUUGGUCUUGGUGAUAAAAUGUCUGAUGAUUGAAUAAUUAAUCAGCCGAGGACAGCAAGUUGAUGCCGUACAUUUCACUUAUGAAGUUGGACUUGCUGAUAGGUUCCCUCAUGUUCCCCUUCUGAAAGCUUAUCUAAAAGAUGCGAAAAAAGCUGCUACUGCAAUUCUGGAAGACCCAAAUAAUUCUGGUCGAGCUGCGGUAUCAUCCACUUCUUUUUCUCCUGUAAUGUAUAUUUUCAUCCAGCUUUCAUGUAUCUUGUUUAAAUCUUUUCUCCACAUUGUCUCAAUUGUCUUGUUCUACGUUAGUGGUAGUUGGCAAUAUCUGUCCUGACUGUCUUUCUACUAUCCUCUCCCUGCCCGUGAAUGCAGCCAGGUUCAGUCUUUUUUUUUUUGGAUAAAUAUUGGAUGCUUAGUUUUGCCAAGAUUUGUAUAUUUCCCUUUGUAAUAUGGCCAAAUUUUCAUGACAUUUGCCAUGACA